AUGGCCUCAGCCAGGGCUGAGAGACGGCCAGGGGCCCAGGAGAGGACCGCCGCGGGGCCGGCACAGCUCGCGGAGUCGUCCGGUGGCCACGCUCAUAACUCUGAGGUGACCUGGCCGGUGAUGGCAGACCCGUGCCUGGCACCAGCCUAUGAGGCCUGCCGGAGCCUGGGUGAGGACAAGUGCCCAACAGGACCAGUCUCAGAACCAGGGCUCCAGGAGGAACAACUCAAGCUGGAGGAAGAGAGGCUCAAGCUAGAGGUGGAUUCACUAGAGGAGAGAGGCCCUAGGCCUACGGCCUCCAUUGUGAGGACCAGUCAUGGUCCGAAGAGGAAGCCUGCUGGCUCCUUAGGCCUCCUGUCCCCCAGCCUCCCAGGGCCUAGCCACCAAGCCCAUCCUAGGGCUGAAGCAGAGAUACCACAGGGGCUGCCACUGCAGAAGGAGGAGUCAGAGAGUAGCCAGAGUGAGCCCUUACCAUCUGCCAAACAGCACAAAAAAGCCAAGAAGCGCAAGAGUCUGGGGGCUCCAGUGCUCCCAGCUCUGGCCAGCACGGUGUCUGCCCCUUCAGAGACCUUGGGGCUGGAGAGGAAGUCCCAGCGCCUGCGGCCCCUGUACCAGUACAUCAACUACUGCAAUCCUGAGCUGAAUCAGGCAGGGGAGGGGGACAGGGAAGCUGAGGCAGAGAUGGAGCCUGAGUUGGAGCUGGCCCUGGUCCCCGAGGAAGCCGGUGUGGAGCAACUGCAGGCCUUGCUGCCCGUGGCAGGUGAGCUGGCCUCGGGCCUCACCCUGCCUUGCCCCAGUACAUCUGUGUCCUCCACCCAUGCUCUGGUUCCCCUGGGAGAGGAGGUGGGAGAGGAGCCUGGGUGUUUGCCCAGGCUGGGGGGCAGCAGCCGCCUCAAGGCUGAGGUGGAUAAGUCAACCCAGGUGGACAUCGACAAGAUGCUGAGUGUUUGCGCGGCCCCACUUGUACCUCCGCUCUCUCCUCAGUACAAGUGA